AUGGCUGAGAGCAUCCUCGUGAGUGCCAGCGUGAGCCCAUCCUUCCCCUCCUGGGCUGAGCCAGAUUUGGUGACCGAGACCACUGGUUACAACUCCUCUCUGGGUGCAGAGAGAGAUGCAGAGCUGAGCACUGGGGAAGUGACACAGGCGCCUACUGAAGUCCCUCAGGUUGGAACGGAUGUGGCCACAUCUCUUGAUGCAACACAGAAAAACCAGAGUGGUUUGGCAGCUGCCACAGCUGCUGCCAUUGUUGUCACCCCACAGCCCAACUUUACCCCCAGCACCAAGCACAACGUAACGGGGACCACCGCUGCUGCACCCUCGGGGAGCACCCCUAUCUUUGCAGAUGUCCCAGCAUCCACAACAAGGGCAGGAGGUGGCUUGGAGUCCACAACUGAUGCCAUGUUCCUCCCCAGUGUCACCAUUCCUACAGCUGCAGGGACACAGGCGCUGACCACCACCCCCCUGCACCCCCAUGUCACUGCUCUGCCCACAGCUGUGGGAGCAGAGGUAGAAGGUGUCACCCUGCCUGGGGAUAGCAAAGGGGAUGGACGUACCCUCUCAUCAAUCCCCAGCCCUGGUGCCAGUGGGUUUCUCCCAACACCGUGGACCAAUGUUGUGAGUGGAACCGUGGGUGACACCCCAGGGUGGGCAGCUUUGGAGUCCGGAGAUUUGGGAGAUGCAGCAAAUGGUGUCUUCAGCACAGCUGAUACAUCACAACUGCCUCCAGAGAGUGUGGCAGCAUUGGAAACAGCAGAAAACCCAGGACAGAGCUCCCUUCUCACCGAUCAGGCAGGACCGAGCCCUGCUAAUUUGCUAGGACCUGGUGAUGGGGACAAGCAGGGGGCCCCAACAGUGUUGCUAUCUGGCCCUGACUCAGCCCUGUCAGACACAUCAUCUGGACCUGUGGGCCCACCAUCACCUGACAUUGGAGCACAGCCUGGCACAGGUCUAACAGCGCUGGGAGGAGUGAGCAGUGCAGCUGCAUUUGAGCCAUCCCUCAGCUCCUCUCCAGUAGCUGGACUUGCAACUGGAACAGGUCUUCUGCCUGGUACUGGAGCAGAGGCAGCAGUGAGUCCCGACCUCGGUGCUGCCCCCGAAGCAUCUGUAUCCCCAUCCCUCAGUGCAUCACAGCCAUGGGACACAGCAGUCGGUGCUCCUGAGGACACAGCUCUCCCUGGGGCUGAGGGACCAAGCAGUGGAUUUAGUUCGGUGCUGGCUGCCCCUAGCUCAGCAUCAUAUGGACCUGAAGGGCCACCAUCUCCUGGCAUUGGAGCGCAGCCUGGCACAGGUCUGACAGCGCUGGGAGCAGAGGGGCAGGUGCUGGGAGGAGUGAGCAGUGCAGCUAUAUUUGAGCCAUCUCCGAGCUCCUCACCAGGCACUGGGCUGAAGGCUAGAACGGACCUGCUGCCUGCUGCUCUGUCCCCAUCGGGUCCUGCCUCCCCCAGUGAUGUGCUCACAGCUCCCUCUGCUUCAGAUACACCUGGUCCAAGUGUCUUGGGAGGAGCAGGUGGUGCUCCCAGUGCUCUGCAGCCCUCCCUGGUUGCUGCACCCGGGCUCCAUUCUGCUGCAGGAGGAGUGCGUGAUGGAGCUGAGGCUGUCUCUGCAGAUGGAGAAGCUCCAGGGCAGUCUCAGGACCAAACUGGGACAGGAGCAGCUGUCGCCUCUAGUGGAAGGCAGGGAUCUACACUGAUCUCUAUAUCUUCCUCCCUAUCUGCUGAUGGAUCUUCGUUACCUGAAGCAGCUGCUGGAGCAGAUACAGGAGCAGGCAUCCCCAGAGCUGGUGGAGCUGGCUCAAGCUCAGGCUUUGGGGCUGCUGCUCUCCAGAGCAACAAGGAAAUACCCAUCCUUCCCCCCACCAUCCAAAGCAAUGCCAAUGUCGGACCUCCUGAUGCCAAACUCAGCCAAGUCAACGUGGUGGAGCUGGCUGGAGGCAAACUGGAAGCCUCAGCCCAGGGGUCACCUCCUGCCAGUGGGGGAAACGGGCUGGGAACUGUCAUCCAGAUCGCCUCAGGAGUGUCGUCCUCCUCCAUCCCCACCUCACCCCAGGAGACACAGCCCCUGGUCCCAGUGGCUCCAGCUGCCUCCAGCCCAUUGAUGGUGGCUGCGUCUGCCUCUGCCAGGGGGGUUGGGGACACCUCAGUUCCCAACGCAGGCCCCGCCUCUGCCUCCAGUACCCAGAGUGGGAGCAGCCCCCCAGCAGUGCCACGGCCCCCUGUGGAUGAGAUGGCUUCUGGGAUGCUGGCUCCACUGGGAGAAGAGCUCCAACAUGCCCCUAAUGCUGCCCCAGCUCUGCCUUCUGCAUCCGAAAGAGAAAACCUAAAGGAAGGAGCAGCCACCAGUCCCCAGCUCUCCUCUCUGAUUUCAGCAACUCCUGGACAGCCGGCUGCUACCCUGACCCCACCGCCACUUCCCCCAGUCCCAGCAGUGCCCCUCUAUAGGUAUGGAGUGAGAGAGAAUGACCACGAAUAUGUGCAAAGGAGAGUGGACUUCAAUUCCCCACUUUUCAAGCCCGAGAUCGGAUUCCCGUUUGGGAAAACCCUGCGUGAUUCUCUCUACUUCACAGACAACGGGCAGAUCAUCUUCCCAGCCUCCGACAGCAGCAUCUUCACACUCCCCAACCCGCCUGCCCGUGGAUUCACCGGCCACGAGAGUGUUCCUAUGAUCGCCGUGUUCUGGGACAAUGCUGACUUCUCCAGGGGCACUGGCACCACCUUCUACCAGGAGUUCCUCACCCUGAACUCAGAGAAGCCACCAUUCAUCCGUGACGUGGAAGCGAAGGUCCGGCACUAUCUGAGGUCCUCCUACUCAGCAGCCUGGACCCUGAAGAUCACCUGGGAGAAGGCACCUGCCUACGGGGCACGUGGUGACAGCCGCAGGACAAACACAUACCAGGCUGUCCUCACCACUGAUGGCUUCAGGUCCUAUGUCCUGAUUCUGUACAAGGAUGGAGGAAUGCAGUGGGACUACACCCAGCUGCCGGCCACCAAUGUGCUGAUCGGCUACACCAGUGGGGAUGGGCAUUACCACAAUGAUGACCUGACCCAAGGAUCUCCAGCUGCAAAAUAUCGCCCUGAUCGCUACAGAGGCUACAAUACAGAUCUUCGUGGGCUGUGGCUGUACAAGCUGGAGAGUCGUGUGGGCAUCAACUACCGCCUAAAGUGCCUGGCGUGGACGGGGCAGCAGCAGGAGCCGCAGGAAUGGAGCCACAACCUGCCUGCCUGCCCCUGCUCCCUGCAGCAAGGCCAGCAGGACCGGCGCUUCAGGAGUGGCCAUGGAGGCUGGGGGUCUGCUCGUGUCUCCAUGCUGCACUCUGCUUCGCCCAACUCACACGGUGCUGGUGUGCGCUGCCUGUAUGAUGGCCGGGGGCAGCUGGUGGAGGGGCGGCAGGAGAGAUACUGGAGGGCGUCCCGACAGGCAUCCCCAUAUCGUGACCAGGAGCUGAAGCUGUAUGAUUGGUGCUGCAACCAAGCAGGGAGCGCUCGCCUCUGUGCCCGCUACAACGAGAAGAGACCACGGAUUGGAUGCGAUGGGUACCGGGCACACAGUGCAGAGGAUUCCUCAGAAGACAGCGACUCGAAGGAGCAGAGAGAUGAGGAGGAGGAAUAACUUGCGGGUCACAUACACACAACACACUCUGGGCCGUGGAUGAUCCUCCAAACCCUUCACUUCCAUUUGUACCCUAUGUGUUCCCUGCAUGCCUCUGCUCCCUCAAUGAUGGAACAGGCACUGUCACCAUGUUCCUUGCCCCUGCUCUCCUGCCUGAGGUUGGCACUACAGGGGAUUUUGGCCCCCAGCAUCUGGGCCUUCACACCUUGCAUUGGUUCAACUCUGUGACUGGAAAUAAUAGGAGAAAAAUAAUAUUGUGUGCGUGAGAACACCUGAAUUCUUGCAAAAGCACCAAAGUUCUUGUCAGGUUGCAUUCCUUCAAUAAAGCAUCAGAGGGUCUGAGCAUCA